ACAAGGCGGAAUUAUUCACAGUCCAGCAGUGACACUGAGGUGUUUAAAAACUCCAGCAGCACAGCUGUGUCUGAUCCACUCAGACCAGCAUACUCAUGCCAGUGUCACUACAAAUAAUACCUGCUCUGUGGUGGUUCUAUGAGGGUCCUGAACAAGGAAGAAAUUGGUAAAAAGGGGUUAACAAAGAAUGAAGAGAAACAGAUGGACUGCGGUCUACGAUUCUAGAACUACAAAGUGCACCUGAAUGCAACAGCUGGCGGCAUAUGUUUCCUGGGUCAAUGCCCAGCUGAGGAAGAAGCCCGGUGUGAACCCCGUGAGUGACCUCCGGCAGGAUCUUAGAGAUGGUGUGGUGUUGACCCACCUCAUUGAGAUUGUGGCUGGUGAACUGCUUGAGGGUAUUCACUACUCACCGAGAGACAACCAAGAGAAGAAAGAGAAUGUUGAGAAAGUUCUGCAGUUUGUAUCAUCCAAGCGGAUACGCAUGCCCCAGACCUCUGCCAGAGACAUUGUGGAAGGGAACCUCAAAUCUGCCAUGAGGCUCAUCUUGGCCCUGGCAGCACAUUUUAAGCCAUCUGCCUCAGCCAAUCACAGAGCAGGCCUUGGUGUGGGUAGGAGCUCUGCAGGGUCUUUGGCCAAUCACAGGCCUCAUUCCACUAUGGCCAUGGCUCAGAACGCAGCAGCAGCUCUGGCAGCGGCCAGACAUGAUGCCUCCUGCUCGGGCCGCAGUGUCCUCCACCUCAGACAAGACUGGCACAGCCGAAGCUCCAGUGGUGAUGAGGAGAUUGAGAACCCAUGCUGGAGUGUGCGUGCCUUGGUUCAGCAGUAUGAGGGACAGAAAGGAACAUCUGAGGAAGACCCCGAGUUGGAACCUUCUAGCCUGAGCUCUCCCAGCCCCAUCCACACCCCAAAAGACUGCGUCAGCCUAUCAGAGGAAAAAGCACAGUUUUUGGACAUCCAGUCAGGAGAACUCAAAGAUAGCAUGGUUAAAUUGGUUUCAUGUGGCCCAGGAUCUGCCUCAGAGCAUGAUGCGAUAUGUGUGCGGAGCUUUGCCUGGGAAGAACAGCUGUGGGAGCAGCAGGAGCAGCUGGAGAGGGAGAUGGUGGAGGCCAGGAGAAUGGUGUCCAGCUUACAGGCUUUGCUUCUCCAUGGAUCAUUACCUGAAGAUGAGCAGGAGGUCUCACUUAGUUUGGGAGAGGGAGUGGAAAAUGCAGAGCAACAGCUGCUCUGUCUCGACUUCAUUUGGCCGUUUUCUCCCUCACACUGUUUCACGCCUUACCAUUUGGUAGUAAUCCGCAGUCGUCUUGACCAGAGCAUGGAGGAAAGUCAGGAACUGAAGAGGGACCUGUUGAAGUACAAACAGGAGGCACGCAACCUUCAAGGAGUCAAAGAUGCUCUCCAGCAGCGUAUGGCUUUACAGGAGGCCUCUGUGCUCCAGCUUAAACAGGAACUCCUGCGCACCAGCAUGAACCGGGACGAACUGGCUGGACAAAACGCUGAGCUCCAGAGGAAGCUAGAAGAGAGGAGCAGGCUUCUCAGUGAAUAUAAGAAAGAAUUGGGGCAAAAGGAUCGCCUGAUACAGCAGCAACAGCUCAAACUGGAUGAAGCAUUGCGCAAGCUGACAGAUAGCAACAAUCAGCAGGCUGACCUGCAGAGGGAGCUGGAGCACAAGCAGAUGGUUCUUCAGGAGCUAAUGAACCAUGAGCAAAAUGAGCUUCCUGGCGCUCAAAGCAAUGGUUACUCUCACCCAGCAGCCUCAGAGCACAGUACAACACAAUCACACAAAGGAGCAGAGGAGCUGCAGUUGGUGCGAGAUGCUCUGCGCAGCCUGAGGAACAGCUUUGCAGGUCACGACCCUCAACAUCACACCCUGGACACGUUGGAGCAGGGCGUGGCCAGCCUUAUGGACCGCCUCUACACACUGGACACACAUCACAGGCAGGAGCGGAAGGUGAGGGUGAAAUCUCCAGGACACAAGGCCACUCACAUAGACAGGGACUCCUGGCCUCCCAGUACCAAAAUGUCCCACUCUCACAGCAGCCCUGUGCUCAACUCUUCAGCCUGCACCAAGGUCCUCUACUUCACAGACCGUUCUCUCACCCCCUUCAUGAUCAACAUCCCGAAGAGGUUAGGAGAAGUUACCCUUCGGGACUUCAAGGCGGCUAUAGAUCGAGAGGGCAGUUACAGGUAUCAUUUUAAAGCCCUGGACCCUGAAUUUGGCACUGUGAAAGAGGAGGUAUUCCAGGAUGAAGCAGUAGUGCCAGGCUGGGAAGGCAAGAUUGUGGCCUGGGUGGAGGAGGAUCAUGGGGAGGGGAGGAUCUAAUUGGAUGCCUGAGGAAAGGGAGGCACACUGGGAUUUGAUGGAGAUGUGAAAAGAUGUUGGAACUGUGCCAAACUGCCAAAAUGAAUGUGCUUGUGUCAGAUGUACAGAUGCUGAGCUCUCUGAGCUAAAUAUCUCUGUUCAGUGUACCUUGGCCUUUACUGUGUGUGUCAAGGAAGAGCAGGACUAGAGAAAGGAACCAGGGGAGUAAUUACGUGGCAAGAAGUCCUCCGUCUCCUCUGUUCUGUGUCUUUAUAUCAGCAAAAAGACUUUGCCACUUGCCGGUGGCUAAGCAGAGGAGCCUCUCCCAAACCGAUUGCCAUAGUACAGACAUCCAUUCCCAGCUGACACUUUCAGAACAGCUUGUCAAACAAGUGUUUCACUGUGACUACAGGAACCUUUUGUUUGGAAUUACGAAGAGCUUUAUGUCUUAGGGUUCCUAUUUUACGAAUGGGAACUGCCAGAGUUUUGAUAUGCUACUUUUUUUUGUUGUUGUUGCAGUGGAAAGAGAUUAAACGAUUUACGAACAGCUAUGUGUGUGGUAUCACAAGGUGUAGAGUAAGUGAGCAGAAUGUUGUGGAUGUUUGGAAAAAUUAUAAGAGGGAUUGUGCAGUGUGCCUCUGCCUUGAUAUAUGACUUCUUUUUUUUAAGAUUCAGUUGAUAUUAUGAUUAUCGACACUGUAGACGUAUUAUAGGAGUUAUCAAGUACACCCAGCUGCCUCCAGCACAAAAGCAUUGAAGGAUUACUACAAAUAAUGUGAUGUCAGCUGAACCUGUAAUCCUAGCAUUUGAAGUUGCAUGUAAGGUUGAGGGUUUUUGAUGCCUUCAGUGAAGGCCAGGCCCCUAACAGCAGUUUGUCUCUCUUACUGUUUGUCAAUUAACUUUGGUCGGGUUGUCUGGACCAUUAUUUCAUAAACACUUGUACUCAAUAUUGGGUCGGGUUCUCUUAGUGUCUUUCUAACUCAACAAUUGAUUAUGAAUAGCUUUAUGUCUGUAGUUUCAAUGCACAUUUCAGGCACUGUGAGUUUACAGGACCAAAAUGACUUCGUAGUAACCUUUAGAAGACAACAUUCAGUUGUUUCCUGAUAAAUUUUGUGAAUUGAGAUGUCCUCAAGGCACAAAUAAAGUAUAAAAUUUCAGUACUUCUGACUUACGUUAGGCAGUGAACAAAGCAGAGAUCUGUAGCGCAGUCUGUGAUCAUUAGCACAAAGCAUUUAACUUUGCUGAAGUCAUUUCUGAUUCGUAUUUUUAAGUUAUGUAUAUAUGAGUAUCUGUUGAGAACUGUAGCACUGCAGCAUUGAUUUGAAAACCACAGUCAGUGGAGUUUACAGAGAAGAACUGGGGUGUGCCUGCACUGUACUGUACCUUAACUGGAGAAAGGUUAUGAAAAUGAGAUUUGAGUGUUGCUUUUUUUAAAUAUGUAUUUAAAAUUUGUUUUUGUUUUUUUUUCAGAAAGAGGCAUGUGGCUUUUAUUUUAUCAGUGUUCUAUGAAUUCUGAACAAUGUCUUAAAGAAGUGCUUGCUUUCAUGAACAAUGUGCUCAUGACCUAAUGUACUGUUCAAUAUUGCGCUUGAAACCUCAGCGGUGUCACUUUCCCUGCUAGUGACUACAAGGAUUGAAUUGUUAUUUGUUUGGCAAAUAAACAAUUUGAA